AUGGGGAAGGCAGUCGACGCGGCACCAAAUAAUGCGCUGAGUGAAGAACACGUUUAUGAUUCGAGCGACGAGGACGAAAGUGAAUCGUCGUCGCCGCAGGAAACUCGGAAAUCAAAGUCGAAAGCAUCUCAAUCGAAGCCUGUAAAUGGCGUCAAGACUGCAUUGAAAAUGGCCAGCCGGAAUCUCCCAUCUUCAACCGGGUCAUCUUCCGCAGCAGCAUCAGAUAACGACACCGACGAAGACGAGGACAGAGGCGAGAAGUCAAGCGACGGAGAAGACGAGGAUGAAGACGAGGAGGAUGAUGACUCAGAUAAGGAGUCAGCAUCAACCCCGAGUUCUUCACCCAGUCGAAAGAGACUAUCCUCAGGAAUUCCAGAGACUCCCUCAAGCAAAAGGCCUAAGACGACCACGCAAGAUAAAGUCAGCAUCCCUCCCAAACCCUUCCAACGGCCCAAAGGCUACGAACCGCUCACGUGGUCGGCAUCGGACCACGUGUCCGACAUGGACCUUUUCGACGACUUGUCCAAUAAACAAAUCUGGCACAUAUCUGUACCCAGUUUUGUCUCCAUCGACUCCAUCAAAGAGCUCGAUAUCGAAGCGGUGCUGCGAGGACAACCGAUCCUGAGUCGGAAUGGCGUCGACUACGGCAUGAGUCCCCUCCCGUCCAAGGACGAGAUCAUCCUCCUGCCGCACGGCACCCGCGGGAAGUACAAGCAAUGCGCCCGGAAGAUCGAAAGGAGUUUCCACAUGCGGGAGGUCAGCGUGGCCAAGUCCAGAUCUCAGUCCCAGGCAGAUACGCCGGUGGUCUUUACAGCGACGCAGCACGGUGCCCCCAAACAUAUCCGAAAACAGCCCGAAGGACUCAAGAUGCGAUAUGUGCCCUAUGGAGUCUCGCCGUCACCGGGAGAUAAAGCAGGAGAUGUGGAGAUGGGUGAUACAUCGCGAAUCCCACCAGACCAGACGUCUUCCUCCGCGACACAGUCUAGAAAAGCACGACAAAAGCAGACCAAUGGCGACCCAGGCAACGAAAAGAGCCCGGAGAAGACGCUGCGGGGUGCAGACACGCCAGCCUCGAGCGAGAAGAAAAAGAAAAAGAAGCGGAGGCUGAUAGAUGAGGAAGUGUUGUAA